AGCAUUUUUGGCUCACCUCUGACGUACGCGGGCGACCAUGGGGGGUCCCUCCGGGAAUCCCUACGCCAACAACCGCCAUGCCGACGUGCUCAACGACGAGCCGGUCGAGGAGGCGGCGAAGCUGCGGCUUUGUGAAGAGGUGAAGAAUCGAGCCAAAGGCGCUUUUGCGCAGAAGGACAUGCCCAGCGCGGAGCUGUUGUAUGGCAAGGCAAUCGACCUGCUGGCAUCGUUGCCUCAGAAGUCAGAAGCGGCCUUGUACUCUAACAGGUCACUGGUGAGGUUGAACCUGAACAAGGUCGAAGGUGCGUUGGACGAUGCCAAGAAGUGCCUGGCGUUGGAUCCCAGCUUCGUCAAGGCCCACCACCGCAAGGCCCAGGCCCUGCUUCGGCUGGGGGACUUCGAUGAAGCCAUCCAGGCGGCCCAGGAAGGUGCCAAGUUGGAGCCGGAGAACAAGUCCUUUCAGGAGCUCAUAGAUAAGGCCCAGAAGGAUAAGGAGAAGGACGCCGCAGACAAGGCCAAGCUGAAGCAGGACGCCCAGGAUGUCCGUGUGGAACUGCAUAAUGCCUCCACUGCCAGGGCUCCUCCCAAACCGGGCAACGGCAGCAAUGGCAAUGCUGGUAGCGACAUGCGUGGCUACAAGAAGACGGCGGAUGGCAAGACCACCAGCUACUUCCACACCGAGAUCUCGGAAGAGGCGAAGAAGCUCAUCGAGGCGCAGGGCUUUGGGAAGCCACAAAAGUUGGAGGCGCCCACAGAGGAGUCCGAUGCGAAGGGCGGUGGCAGCAAGUGGAACCAAGCCGGUACCUACGAAGAAAAGGGCAUGAGCAAAUGGCUGGAAGAUCGGUUGAAGAGUGGCUUGAUCGGUGUGAAGUUCGACCUUCCCCACGGGGGCUCCAUCUCCACGGUCGCCGUGGCCGAUCUCAAGGGCGACUGCUCCAUCUCCGUGUCGCGCGGUAAGCGACGGCACCUGAUGGAUGUGUCGUUCAACGUGGAGUACGAAGCCAUGGUGGGCGACGCGCGGGGGAAGGGCAAAAUCGCCUUUACCGAAGUCACCACCGAUGGAGAUGAUCCGGAGGUGAAGAAUGAGACCUCCAGCGAUGUGCCACCGGCCAUUCGAGAAGUGCUGGAUGCUUUUGCGAAGCCAGCGGGACAGGGCCUGCAGCCUUUGCUGUUAAUGGAGGUCAAGAAGAUGAUUGAAGAAUACAAGGGCCAAUAGGCGUCCGGUGGAAAGCUGGUAAGAUCUGAUAAGAUGGCAGGAAUCCGGUGGAACCAAUUUCCC